ACGAUGCUACAGCACCUAACACUCCUGCUGGACUGUCCUCUUGUUAUCGUUGCCAUUUUCAUCUCGGGCAUCGGCGGGACAUUUCAGUAUGGAUUCGGAAUAUCUGUAGUGUCAUCCCCUUCUGCUUACCUCAAGGAGCUGAUGAACCAAACAUGCAUAGAGAGAUACAAUGUCUACAUACAGGACUGGCAGGUCUCGCUCAUCUGGUCCUUCACUGUGUCCAUUUUUAGCAUUGGGGGCUUGCUGGGCUCGUUACUGGCAGAGCCGUGCCUGGCGGUUGUUGGCAGGAGAAAUUGUCUUUUGUUAAACAAUUUUGUGGCUAUAAUGGGAGCUGUGCUGAUGCUCUUGAGCCAAACAGCCAUGUCCUUUGAAAUGAUCAUGGUGGGGCGAUUUCUGUCCGGCAUCAAUUCAGGAAUCAGUCUGUCCGCUCACAGCUUGUACCUCACUGAAUGCACCCCAAAGAUGCUGCAAGGGAUGGUGGGCGUGACCAUCGGCACCUUCAUCGGCAUGGGGAAGUUCAGCGGUCAGCUUUUGGGCCUCAGUGAGUUACUUGGCACAGAGGCUAGAUGGCCCUGGCUGCUCGGCUUCAGUGGCUUCCCUGCACUAUUUCAGCUCGUCACACUCCCGUUCUUGCCGGAAUCUCCCAAAUUCCUGCUCCUAAACCGAGGAGACCAGCCGGCCUGCGAGAAAGCUUUGACGAGGCUUUGGGGUAACAAGGACCACAGCGGGGAGGUGGAGGAGAUGUUGGAGGAGAAAGCUGCCCACCAGAACAUCCGAAGUCGCUCCGUGAUGGAGCUGAUUCGGGAAAGAAGCGUUCGCUGGCAGCUGAUGACCAUCGUCGUCACCUUCGUCUCGCUGCAAUUUUCUGGCAUCAACGCAGUGUACGCCUAUUCCUUUGACGUGUUCCGUGCUGCAGGCAUUCACGAAUACCAGCUACGUUACGCCACUUUGGGAAUGGGGAUGUGUGAAAUGUUUUUCUCUCUAGUGUGUUUCAUGAUCAUUGACAGUACGGGAAAGAAAUUGCUCCUCUUCGCAGGAUACAUCGCUAUGGCUGUCACUCUGGUGCUCCUCACCAUCACUAUCUAUCUGCAGCAUCACAUCUCCGGGAUAUCGUACUGCAGCAUGGCCCUCAUUUUCAUCUUCCUCUCGACUUUUUCCACUGGGCCAGGCGGAGUAAUAGCUCCUCUUCCGGGUCAAAUUUUCACUCAGGCUUUCAAAGCGAGUGCAUUCACUGUCGGCUGCACCAUCAAUUGGACUGGCAUGUUUAUAGUGGUGAUGACCUUCCCCAUCUUAGUGGAGUACCUUGAUUCCUUCUGCUUUCUCAUAUUCUUGUUGGUGUGCUUUACUUCUGGGCUGUACGUGUACUUCAACGUGCCCAAGAUGAGGAAUAAAACAGCAUUGGAGAUCGCUGCUGACUUUCAGCAGAUGCACAGCAAGUCUGGAAGGUUGAAGAGGAAAAAAACAGAUGAGCAGCCACGUGAUGUCUUUAAAACAUACGAAACCAAAUUUUAG